CUGGUGUGGCUUUUAUCGAAUCCAAGUCCAGCACGAGCCCAGCAACAACUUCCCUCAGUCCUUCAGUUGUGAAGUUAAGGCAUGGCUGUCAAGACUACUCCCCGCGCAAACCACAUUCCCAGCGCCCACAAGGCUGGCAUCUCCGUCAAGGCGGGCGGGUCCCUCGGCGGCAACGCCCGCGCGUCGCGUAGCUAUUACCAUUACAAGCGCUUGUACGUUGCGGCCGCGUCGGCCGUUGCCGUGCUCGCCAUCUUCGACUGGAUCCCGAAAUCCUUCCCGACCAAGGACACUGUUCUCGCUCCGUUUUCGUUUUUCACGCUGCUGCCCAUGGCGAUUCAAGUGAUUGGGUUGACGCUAGUGUUUGCGAUCGCGGCGUUCUUCGCGACAUCCGGCCGUCCGUUCCUCUUGUUUGCAUGGAACUGCUUCAUUCGUCCGUUCUUGCAUGCCAAGAAGGCCAACGGUGUCGACUCGGACGAACAUCAAGCUCGAUUGGAGCAAUUUUACGAAUCCCAAGCCGAUAUCUACGACGUGACGCGCCGUCGUCUCCUCCGCGGCCGCUCCACCAUGCUCAAGCUGUGCGCGGCGCAGUUGUCGCAGUUCUACCCGGUCCGCCAGCCCACCGUGUCGAGCGACUCGGACGGCGACGUCAUGAUGUCCCCGCGGUACCCUCCUCGCGGCGCCAACCGCCGGUUCGCAUGGAUCGACAUUGGCGGCGGCACGGGCGAAAACAUUGAGCGCAUGAACCAGUUCUUCCCCAUUGCCAACUUUGACAAGGUGUACUUGGUGGACAUCACGCCGUCGCUGUGCGAAGUCGCGCGCAAGCGGUUCGAACGCCUCGGGUGGGCUAACGUGACGGUGCUGUGCAUGGACGCGACCAAGUUUACCGUGCCGGAAGAGGACGGCGGCGGCGACGACAUGGAGAUUGCGCUCAUCACGCUCAGCUACUCGUUGAGUAUGAUGGAGUCUGUGUUUGGCCUGGUGGACUCGCUCACCAACAUCUUGUGCCCCACGGGGAUCCUCGGCGUGUGCGACUUCUACGUGUCGCCAAAGCGGUCGGCCGACUCGACGCGCCAACUGAGCUGGAUCAUGCGUUGGUUUUGGCAAAUUUGGUUCGACCUAGACAACAUUUACUUGCACCCGAGCCGCCGCGAGUACUUGGAGUACAGGUUCAACACGAUCAAGGCUUUGAACGGGAAGAACCACUUUAUUCGGCCCAUCGUGCAAAUCCCCUACUAUGUGUGGCUAGGCGCCCAGAAAAACGUACCAGUGCCCGUGUGUGACGACGUUGCCGACGGCGAGCGCGGCGUCGAGACGGAAUCCAACGCAAGCAACAACUCGAGCGACGAUGACGCCGCCGAGGUGAUGGCCGUGGAAGGUGGCGGCGGCGGCACCCUCGUCACGUACCAGCACGUGCACGGCAGCGGUCAAAAGUGGAGGCAGCCGUUCGAUCCGAAGCUCCUUGCGCGCUUCGACACGUACAUUUACUGCUUUGCAUGGGAAGACCCGCGCGUGGAUUUGGAGUUCCUGAACUUGACGCGCGACGACCGGAUGAUGGUCAUCACAUCCGGGGGAUGCAACGCGCUCGAGUACGCCGUCCAGGUCGGGCCCGCGCGCAUCCACUGCGUCGACUUGAACCCGUGCCAGAACCACAUGCUCGAGCUCAAGUUGGCGGCGUUGUCGUCGCUGGGAUACGCGGACUUUUGGAAGUUGUUUGGCCAAGGAUACGUUCCUGGGUUCCAUCACCUCGUGGACACGCACUUGAGUCCGUUCUUGUCCCCACAUGCCUAUCAUUUCUGGAAGCAACAUGCGACGUUUGCCAACUUGUUUGAGACGGGGUGCUCGGGACUGGCGGUGCGCGUGUUCAGGUUCGUUGUGGCCGCCCGCGGACUCAAAGCCCAAGUGCGCGCACUGUGCGAAGCCAAGGAUUUGGAGAUGCAGUGGCAUGUGUGGACGACGGAGCUGCGCCCGCACAUUCUUAGCCGAUGGCUCAUUGCCCUCCUCAACAACGACCACUUUUUGUGGGGCGCGCUGGGCGUCCCCCCCGCGCAGAUGCAAAUGCUGCUGGAAGAAGGCUCGGCGCAGUCGUACAUUGAAAACACGCUCGACCCUGUCAUGAAGCACUCGCUGCUUCGCACAGACAACUAUUACUAUUACUCGUGCCUCAUGUGCUGCUAUAACCACCAGAACGCGCCGUCGUAUCUCCAGGAAGAUGGGUUCCGUGUCCUUCAGACCGAUCCGACCCGCCUCGAUGCGAUCAAAAUCCACACUGCCACUGUCGUCCAAGUUCUCACCCGCGACAUCCCAGACGAAGACCUCACCCGCGUGAUUCUUAUGGACCAUUUGGACUGGUUUUCCGAGGAAGACGCCGAAGCGGAAAUCCGCGCCGUGUCGCAGAAAAUGAGACAAGGUGGCCGCGCGUUCUGGCGGUCUGCCGGCAAGUACCCGUGGUACAAUUCGCUGUUUGAAAAGUGCGGGUUCCGCGUGUAUCCGUGCCAGAUCCGCCAAGGCGACCACUUGUACAUUGACCGAGUCAACAUGUACGCGAGCUUUUGGGCCGGUGAAAAGAUGUAGCGAGGCUCUUGCUGGACAAAUAUAAUAUAUAUAUAUAUACUUCGAAGUAUGAA